CUGGUACCCAGUGGCUGUCAGGGUACCUCUGGCUUGCACAUGGAGCGCACCGAUAUCUCUGCACUGAAAACCUCCAGUGGAUUCACGCUACACUUCAGAAUGGACUUCCAAGUCUUUACCAUCUUGAUGAUUUUCCUGGCCUGCGUGGAGCAGAGCCUGGCGUCCUGCGUGGUGGACAGCUUCACAGUCAAACAAGACUUUGACCCCCAAAGAUAUGCAGGAAAAUGGUAUGCUCUGCAGAAAAAAGACCCUGAAGGCUUGUUCCUGCAGGACAACAUAUCUGCUGAAUACACUGUUGGGGAUGAUGGUGCCAUGGUGGCCUCUUCAAGAGGCAGAGUCACUCUCUUUGGGUUCUGGGUUGUCUGUGCGGACAUGGCUGCUCAGUACUCAGUGCCUGACCCUGGCACCCCAGGCAAGAUGUUCAUGAACUAUCAGGGACUGGCCAGCUACCUAUCCAGUGGAGGUGACAAUUACUGGAUCAUUGACACAGACUACGACAACUACGCCAUCACCUAUGCCUGCCGCACCCAGAAGGAGGAUGGAAGCUGCGAAGAUGGCUACGCACUGGUGUUCUCUCGCAACCCCCGUGGCCUCCCCCCAGCCAUCCAGAGAGUUGUCCGCCAGAAACAGGAGGAAAUCUGCAUGGCUGGACAGUUCCAGCCUGUACUGCAGUCUGGAGCUUGCUGAAUUGUUUUCCAGGAUGGAGAUUGUUGAGCACCCCUUUGUUAAACUGGAUCAAUCAUCACACCCAACAUGAAGACGCAGCUCUUCACCGCAAACAAGUCCUGC